GCUUCAUUCAGGGACGGCGAGAAGAGCUCUAGCCCAGUGAGGGGGUCUGAGGGAGCUCCAGCACUGCAGGUCAAAUCGCUGCGGACAGUCCGGCAGCAGUGAACAGAAGCGAAGAAGCUCCAGCAGCGAUUCUUAAAAGCUCUGAAACUCUGCGCAGCCAUCGAGCCGCUGCGCUCCGACGCUGGAGACCAAAGCCAAUCACCAUGCCUCUGUGAAAGCAGCUCCACCUCCCACUCCACAAGCCCGUGGCCACACAAGCCGCAGGAGAGACGCGUUAGUAGUCGAGAGAAGCGAGGAGGAGCAGAAAGGAACUUCAAACAGAGGACCACCGGCCCAGCGAGGCGCCAUGCAGUGCCAAGCCGAGCUACGAGGCUCCAACCCCGGGCAGCUGGCCGCGGGCAGACGGCGCUACAAAACCUUCAUGAUCGACGAAAUCCUGUCCAAGGAGACGUGCGAUUACUUCGAGAGGCUCUCCCUCUACUCGGUGUGUCCCGCCCUGGUGGUCAGACCCAAAGCCCUUCACUCCUGCUCCGGUCCUUCUUCACUCAGGGCAUACCCCCUGCUCUCUGUCAUCACCCGGCAGCCCCCCAGCGUGCUGCCCCACCUGUCCCAGCCGUCACCUCCCAGCCGGGUUGCCCAUCUGCCACUGCACGCGGGGCCCGGCGAACUGCCACCCAGUGAGACGCCAGUCAGCAUCAGCAGCGAAUCAGACACAGAGCACAGUGCCCCCCGGCUGAAGAAACCCCGCCGUAGCCGCACUAUCUUCACCGAGCUCCAACUCAUGGGUCUGGAGAAGAAGUUCCAGAAGCAGAAGUAUCUGUCCACCCCGGACAGGUUGGACCUGGCUCAGUCUCUGGGACUCACUCAACUCCAGGUUAAGACCUGGUACCAGAACAGACGCAUGAAGUGGAAGAAAAUGGUGCUAAAAGGAGGACAUGAAGCCCCCACCAAGCCCAAAGGCAGACCCAAGAAAAACUCCAUCCCUACCACGGAGGAGAUUGAGGCAGAGGAGCGGCGGCUGGCUCGGAUGGCAGAGGAGGCACAACUGAGGUCCGAAGCUCAAGUCCAAGCCCAGGCUCAGCUCCAAGCCCAGGGAGAAGCCUUCCAGUCGCAGCCCCAAGACCUGAGCACGAGCAGCGGGAUGAGCGAACCCCUCCACCCCCUGCCUCUGGAGGCCUCAGGUCGGGAAGAGGCGACCCAGUUAUCGUCAGAGACUAUGACAACCAGCUAAACGUGGUUAGCCUCCACAACGCAAAGACUGAGAGUGCACCAAAAGCACUUAGUGCCUCUGAUCACCGUAGCUCAAAAGACCUGAACUGGGCAAGGCCUGCUUUGGGCUGAAUGGGCCGAGGUGCUGUGAGUCACUCUGCAACAUCGCUUCUGUGGUUCAGCUGCCAUUCUGAGACUUUCUGAGUUCAGUAUUUUAUGAUCAGCUGUGCACGGCCAAAUGCACUUUGACAAAAUUGCAUCACAGAGGCAGUUGCACAUUACCCUAACACUAGUACUCCGUGUUCCAAAUGGACAAACAGUAAGCGCUUAUUUUUAUUUUUUAUUUUCCCGAGCGAUUUCCUCCCUUACAUCAUAAUUGCUGCCUGUUUUAUUGCCUGUGUUGAAUACGGUCUGUCUGCGUACUGCGGCGUCUUGUUCUCUGCCAAAGAUCGUAUAUCUGAAAUGCUGAAAUGCCCUCGGAGGUAAUAGUGCCUUUUUGUCUCAUGUUUAAAAGCUUUUCCCAUUAAAUGCCAAAAAAGAGUCAAGUACUGAACACAGGUGUACACUUGUACAGUGUUUUAUUUUUCUACAUGAGGAAAUAUGGCUUUUUAAAGCAAGCUUGGCAAGGAUGGGCACAGGCUUGUUAUUACUCUUAUUAACUGCUAUUAAAAGUGCUAUUUUUAAACUUU